UGCCGCAGAAGUCCGGAAGUGAACGGUAUAUUGACAAUAUGGCUGCCCUUUCUGUAGGAGGGGGAAGGAGGAAGUCCCGGCUUUGACAGCUCAGUGCACCCCGAAUAAUAAAGUUAAGCUUUGCAAAAACACCGAAUUUAUGAAUGAGGGGACUCCGCAAAGCCCGGGAUGCAGGCACAGAGCUGAGGGUACAUUGCGAAUGUGAAGAGCACCAUGUCAUUUUUUAGGAGGAAAGCAAAAGGCAAGGAACAAGAGAAGCCGUCAGAUGCAAGAAUCAGCAAAGCUCCAGUGUCUGUCCAGUCACCAUCACUGGGCACCCGUAACCAUGCCAUACAGGAAGCAGCAGGCCCCAGCCAUGUGGCAAUCAAUGCUAUUUCUGCCAACAUGGACUCCUUUGCCAGGGGGCGGACCGCCAUACUCAAGAAACAGCCCUGUCAUAUGGAGGCAGUUCAUUUUGGAGACUUGGGCCGGUCGUGUCUGAACUACCAAACGCAGGAGACCAAGUCUCAGCUUUCAAAGACGGUGGAUCAGAUUCUGCGGGACAGCAUGGCCCUCCCGUACUUCAUCCAGUUCACAGAGUUGCGCAGGGCGGAACACUUGGUCAAGUUCUGGCUGGAAGCGGAGAGUUUCCGUUCCACCAGCUGGUCCCGAAUCCGAGCUCACAGCCUGAACACUGUCAUGCACAGCUCCUUAGCAGAGCCUGCUUCCCCCUCAAGGAAGCAGCAUGAAAACAAAGAGCCCUCUGAAGAUUUAGCACUCGGGCAGCUGCAGCCUUCAGAAGCAGAAGAGGCAUUCAGCCCCGCAAGAACGCACAGGCAGGCCAGCCCUUUGGACACUUGUUCAGGCAGGAGCUCCCCAAACAAUUCUUCAAACUCGGAUAAUAAGGAAUCAUAUGCACUCCAUGGGGUUUCAAAGGCCGGGACUCCCACAAAAGAAGGUUCUUCCAAGGCCGUGGUACCUAGUGGACUCCAGUCCCCCAGGACAAUCAAAGAUCUGUCAGGAAAACUAAUGAAAAGUAUAGAGCGAGAUGCAGUGAAUAUGUUUACCAAAUACAUCUCUCCAGAUGCUGCUAGGCCUAUUCCAAUCACGGAGGCUAUGAGGAAUGACAUAGUAGCUAAAAUCUGUGGAGAAGAUGGUCAGGUGGACCCAAACUGCUUUGUUAAAGCACAAUCCGUCGUCUUCGACAUAAUGGAACAAGAGCACUUUGCUGAAUAUUUAAGGAGUCACCAUUUCUGCAAGUACCAGAUUGAAGUGUUGACCAGUGGAACUGUGUACUUGGCGGAUAUUCUUUUCUGUGAGUCGGCUCUCUUCUACUUCUCUGAGUUCAUGGAAAAGGAAGACGCUGUAAAUGUCCUUCAGUUCUGGUUAGCUGCAGACAACUUCCAGGAUCAGCUUGCUGACAAGAAGGGCCAGUAUGAUGGGCAGGAAGCUCAGAAUGACGCCAUGAUUCUUUAUGACCAGUAUUUCUCUCUCCAAGCAACAAAACCACUGGGGUUUGACGAUACAGUCAGAUUAGAAAUUGAAUCCAAUAUUUGCAGGGAAGGGGGACCACUCCCGGACUGUUUCACCACUCCAUUACGCCAAGCAUGGACUACCAUGGAAAAAGUCUAUAUGCCUGUCUUUCUGUCCAGUAAUCUGUAUUAUAAAUAUUUGAACGACCUGAUUAACUCUGUUCGAGGGGAUGAGUUUUUUGCUGGGAAUGCUGCGUUACUAGGCCAUGGAUCAGGCAGCCCCCAGGACAGUGAAUCCAGUACUGGGAGCUUGGAUGGACCAGCUCAGCAAGGUAACAAAAAGGCUACAAUUAAAAUCCUAAAAAACUUUGAUGAAGCAAUAACUGUGGACAUAGCAAGUUUGGACCCAGAGUCUCUAUAUCAGCGUCCAUAUGCAGGGAGAAUGACGUUUGGGAAAGUGAAUGAACUUGGACAGUUUGUUAGAGAGGCUGAGCCCGAGCCUGACGUUAAGAAAUCUAAAGGCUCAAUGUUUUCCCAAGCCAUGAAGAAAUGGGUGCAAGGAAACACAGAUGAGGCUCAGGAAGAGAUGGCCUGGAAAAUAGCCAAGAUGAUUGUAAAUGAGGUUAUGCGCCAGGCGCAAUAUGAACCUCCUUGUGACAAGUCCACGAAGGUACUCGCUUGCAGUAAAGUAUUUACAUUAUAAGUUGUUCAAAGUGACACCCAUGACCUGCAUUCUGUACUAUGUAGAAUAUGCAUCAUCUUUAUUGCAAGCCAGUUUUAGUUACAAUGGGAAAGACAGUAGAUCUGAUAGAGAUCUGAUCCGUAACCAACACUGCACAAAAUAACAAUGCUGCACGAGAACUCAAAAAGCAAUGACUCUGCAGACUUCCACCCCCACCGAUAGUCACUAAUAUUCCAGAACAAUUCAAACACCAGUGGUGGCCCUGCACCCCGAUUGACACUGUUAUGACAGGUGUUUGUAAUAUUUUUGUCCAGCCGCUGAAAAUCAAGUUCAGAGACAAUAGUUUCACUUGUUUGCUUGAUUAUUUCCAGCUAUGACCUUUGGAUGAACCAAAAGAUUCCCUUUUUUCUUCUUGCCGAAGAGGUGCCCUGUUUCCUAUGGAGGAUUUUGGCCCACCAACCCGUGAUGAUGAACUGCACACUUUAUUUGUAGAAUGUUACUCCCUUCAUUUGUAUGAAGAUAACAAAGCAUUCCAGGACCUUCAGCGUCACUGUGUGUAUGUGUGAAUUUUAACUGUACUCCAGUCUAACACAAUGAAGGCUUUUUUUAAACAUAUGAAGACAACACAGCUGCAUCACAGUGCAAUGUAAACGCUGAUUUAGAAAGUGGCUGCCUGCAACUGCAGUUGGUAAUGUGAACUGAAAGACUUCAAAAAAAAUUCAUAUCUACUCGGCAUACCAGUGUCUUGAAGAACUCUCAAGUUAGUCCACUUGAGAGAAAAAAAUAAAUAAAUAGAAGGACUUCAUGGAGUUUAGGGUAGUGUUAAAAAAAAAAACUAAACAAAAAUUAUGAACCAGGUGGUCAGUCCAGCUAUAACAGCUUCUUGCAAGUACAGUUCUAUCCGCACAUGCAAAUAUUUUGUUAACAGUAUGAAAACUCUCAAUUUUUUGUGUUCUGAAAGUAGCUUGCAAUGUACUGUAUAAUAACUGGAAACAUAAGUAAGCUGUUCUUAGUGCAAAUGGACUGUCUGUCACCCUUGGCCCUCUGUUUAAGAUCAUACUGCCCAUUUGCAAGUCACACAUUGACCAGUUGUAGACCCCUCCCCUCCCAUUGAAUUCAAGUGCUAAAGCAGCUUAAAAUAAGGAACAGAACAAAACAACUGUAGACUUCACUCCUUAUAUUGCAGUACUUUUAUUGUCGAUCCUUGUGAAAUACUUUCUACGCAUAUGUAAAUGUUAAGUUUCUUUCCUGACGAUCACAGUUAAUAAAAAGACAAAUUAAACAAAUAAAAAAAACAUUCUGCAAAAUAAUCUCAACGAUGACUGUUUAAUGGAAAAUUGUACUCUGUGAAUGUCUGAUUCUUUUGAGACACCUUGAGCAGUAUCAACAAUAACAGAAAAAGACUGUGUAUAUGGUUUUUUGGUACUAUGUACCAUCACUGUUUUCUGAUGCCUAUGUAUUCAUGUAUUUAAUCUAUAAUCUAUUUAAUUGUGUUUGAUUUAAAAAUACAUAUAUUAAUGAAAUGUAUUAAA